GAAAAGGGGCUUGCAGCGUGAAUGAAAUGAAUCGGGUUCUCCUUGUUCGUCGUCCUCUACUCUCUCUCGCUUUUUCGAACCCUAAGCUACCAUUAUCAUCCUUUUUCCAAGGCUAUUCAUACAGACUAAGACGAAUGAUUUUUGAGAUACAUAAGGAUCAACCUGGAGUUUCAUCACUUCCGACAUUUACAACAUUUUGCACUACAAACAAAGUUUCUGUUUUAGAUCUGUCAACUAAGAAGUGUGUACCAUGCAAUACAAAGGACUUGCGACCCAUGACCGAGGAUGCAUCGCGCACGCUGAUUCCACAGGUUGCCCAGUGGAGUUUGGUAAACGAAGGCGGUACGUUGAAACUGAAGAGAUCAUGGAAAGUUAAGACUUUUACCAAAGGUUUAGAAUUUUUCAGGAUAAUAGCUGAUCUUGCUGAAGCUGAAGGUCAUCAUCCUGAUCUUCACCUUGUUGGCUGGAAUAAUGUCACUAUCGAGAUUUGGACUCAUUCAGUUGGUGGGCUGACGGAGAAUGACUUCAUACUUGCUGCUAAGAUCAGUGAGCUUAAUUUGCAUGACUUAUUAAGACGGAAAGCUUCUGACUGAAUUAUCGGUGUAGAGAGGAAGUUGUAGACAUCAUAGGGUAGUAAGAUUUUUGUUUUUUAUAAUAGAAUUAUUAUGUUUGGUUCCAGAGCUAUUGUUUUUUGUAAUGGAGUAUAUCACAUGGAUAUCAUGGAAUUUAUCGCAUAGGCUCUAUUUGUGUUUUCUUAACCUGAGGUACGGUAGGAUAUGGAUACCUACGUGAGGAAAGCAAAACUGUUGAUCAAGCGAUGAUGUGGAUUAGUGGGGAUAAGUGUGUUCACCAACUUAAAGAUUUC